CUCAGUCAACGGCUACAAUGCUCGUUUUCUGAUCAAAAUCACAUAGAUGCUUAACUCCACGACCGACAGGUCUCUGUAUCUCUGACAUCAAGCACUCCUUCUAGGCUCAUGUGCUCGUGGAUGCUAAUAAUAUAUUCAACUUUAAGUCUCUCUCUUCAAUUGGGAUUCCUUUCGUUAUAGUCUCAGUUCACGAUAUGCCAAAAGUCACGCAAAUGGAAAGUCUGACCGGAAACGAUGUGUUAUUGUGCUUUGCACUGCAAGCUAUGGUUCUCGAGACUGCCAUUGUUGUUACUAAGUCCGUCGCUUGGUUGCUCACGAUGAUGGGAACUCUGCCUAAUGGAAUUGAUAUCCACUUGAAAGAGCCUGAAGCAAAUGGAGGGUUUCCGCUUGCUCAGCUUCUUGCAGUGAGAAAACCUAGUCCUGAGAACAAGGAUGCCAGUGACACAGAGGACGAUGAUGAAGACGAAGAGGAAGAAGCAGUGGAUGAUCAAGAUGAAGAUGCAAACGACGAGGAGGAUGCUUCUGGUGAAGAGGAAGGAGAUCCUGAAGAUGAACCCGAGGCCAAUGGGGAAGGUGGCGGUGGAGAUGAGGAUGAUGAUGAUGACGGUGGUGAUGAUGAUGACGGCGACGGCGAUGAUGACGACGAAGAAGAGGAGGAAGAAGAGGAAGAGGAAGAGGAGAAAGAGCUUCAGCCACCGGCUAAAAAACGAAAAUGAGCUUGAAUCUCUUGUUCUAGUAAUUUAUUGUCUUGCUGAGGUUAGGGGUAUGGUGUAGUGGGAAGCUAGAAUGGGCUGAUUCAAGUUACGGUGGGUGUCUGUCUAAGUUAGAGUAGAGAACAUUGUGACAGUUCCGGAAAUCAGACUUGUUUGAUAUUUCCUAAUAUACAGUUCUAGCAUCAUUAU